AACCUUACUGUUCGGACAUCUUUUGGAUGAGACCUUCAAAAACAAGUUCUGUGGUGAUAUGAAAAGUUACACUGGAUCCUUAAUAAGAUUAGAGGAUUCUCCCGGUAUCCUUGACCAAAAUUUCCCCCUCCCUCCCCACUAUACUUGUGCAGUGUGGUAUGCACCAGCUGUGCCUUCCUCCACCCCAGAGGUGUCUGCAUUUGAAUAUUUUUUGUAUAUGUACAUAUGAUAGGAAUUUCAAGAUUGUUGUACACCCACCAUAAACUGGAGUUCAGGAUGCUCAGAAACACAGAAAAUGUAGCCAGUGUUUGCUGCACUUUGGGACCAUUAUGAAUAUUAUCCUCUUUGGAGCAAGUAUCUUCAUUCAACCAAUAUGAACACACACAAGCAAACUGUGGACUAUCUUAUUGCACUUAGCAAAUGUAAUAUCAACUAUCCCUCAUGACAAGGACAGUCUCUGAUUUUAGACAUAAAUGUACUGCUAACCUACAUAAAUAGAGUUCUUGUCUCUUUAUGAUUUACAUGAGAUUAUCAGAAAUGCUCCAUAAGAUAAAGUAGCUACAUCCUUCAAUUUAUUAAUGUUUGCAAAUCACUUUAAAACCUUGACUGCAAAGUAUUAUUAUUAUUAUUAUUAUUUGCUUCCUGCUCUUAUUUUUCUUAUAGUCCUCAUUUUGAGUCUUUGUCUCAUAUAUAAACUUUGUAUGGAUUGUGCCAACAAGAUGAUUAUUUGCUAGACUCUUUGUUAACCAUUGAAAUUCCAGUAUGAUGUUCUCUCUGAAUAUGUUGACUAUUUGUGGGAAGACAGUGUACACAAAUUACAUGUAUUCAAUAUCUCUUGACAUUCCUUGAUGCAGAGGAUUUUGUGAAAUUAUAGCAGUGCUGUAAAAGGGGCUGUUUUAUCCCUGGCACAAAGGGUUAUGUUGGGAUUCAGGGGGUGGAAAUAAAAUGCCCAGGACUAUUGCCAACAUAAAAGCGAUGACACUAGUCCUGUCAAAGUGAUUAUUUGUUCUCGUCUUAAAACUGUAGGAAAGUGGCUGUUACUUUAUAGAUGUGUACUUGAACUUUAAAUUCACAAAUUGUAAUACGCAUCCACAGAUACUUCCUGUGAUUUGAAGCUGAAGACAUGCAGAAUCUUCUCAUCCUUUGCAAGAUGCUCCUCAGGAGAGCCGGCCUGUCACCGGUGAAGACCGAGAGAUGUCACAACAUGCCCCUCCGAGUGGUGAAGAUGAUGAGGAAGACAGUGAUAGCGACAGUGAUGAUGAUGAUGUGAAAGUUACCAUUGGCAACAUUAAAACAGGAGCACCAUCGUACAUGGGGACUCCUAUGAAUCUAAACUUAAAAACAGGUAGAGGCUAUGGAACAUCCUCUUCAGCCAAGUUACAGCCCAAAGGUAUUGAUCUAGAUGCCACAGGGAAUAUAAAUGGAUUGCCUGUAAUAGAAGUGGAUUUAGAUUCGUUUGAAGACAAACCGUGGCGGAAACCAGGUGCUGACCUUUCUGAUUACUUUAAUUAUGGAUUCAAUGAAGAAACAUGGAAAGCUUACUGUGAGAAACAGCGACGGCUUCAGCUUGGACUGGAUCCCUCUCCACCUAUCAGCAGUGAGAAUAAGAUCACAGUUCAGCAAGGAAGGACGGGAAAUGCAGAGAAAGAGCCAGAGAACAACAUUAUCAAAACGGAAUUCAAAACGGACUUUGUGGCUCUGAUAGGAGGGCGGAUGAAGGCUGGGCCUCCACCUAAUAGGAAGCUGGGUGGGACAAUUGAUGUGAUUGGUGGACAGGCAGGCACUAUUAGGAGGGUAGAAGGAAGACGCCGCGAUAAACACGCCUCUGAGGAAAAUCCCAUUCAGGUUCUUGGAGAUCAUGGAAAUAAGCCACAACUCCCACAGCAGCCCCAGCAACCAUCACAGCCCCAGCAGCCACCUCAACAACAGCCGUUUGUACCACCAGCAGGUCCCCCACCUCCCCCAAUUGCUGGGCCACCCCCACCACACUUUCUCCACCCUCCCCCUCCAGUUACUUCUGUCCCACCUCCUCUGCAUCCUCCAGGCUUGCCACCACCAGGUCCCAUUCCAGGGCUGUUCCCUCCACCUCUGGCUCCUCCACCAGCUCUCCUCAUUCCAACACUUGAUGGCCAACCUGCCGGCUACAAUAACAGGCAGCCUCCACCAUUUGGAUACAACUCUGCAGAUUCUGGUUUCAUCAGCUACCCUCCUAUUUCCACGUCUCACACGCCCUGGGUGACGACAGUGGAUAAGGGCACGAGCAGCUCCAGCAGCAGCCACUGGGAGUACUCCGGCUCAAGGCGUGAGAGAGAGAGGGAAAGGGAAAGGGAGAGAGACAGAGACCGGACUCCAACCACCAGUGAAUACAACAACGAUGAUGAGCGAUAUCGCUACUACAGUCGAGAGCGAAGCUAUGAUUUUGAGCGGGAUUAUCGCAGGAGUAGAGAUCGGAGCAGAGAGCGGGAGGAUCGCCACCGGGAGCGCAGGCACAGAGAGAAGGAGGAGAGCAGUAAACAUAAGUCUUCAAGACGUAAGCAGCACGAGAGUGAAGAGGGUGAAAGCCAUCGGCGCCACAAACACAAAAAGAACAAGCGCAGCAAAGAGGAGAAGGAGGCCAGUGAUGAUGGUGUCGCAGAGGGAGAUGAACAAGAUGCUAAGGAGUAACGGCUCCCAGCUGUCCUUUAGGAGGGACUUGCUCCUUUGCAAGCAGCGUGGCAUCUAACUUUAUUUUCCAAGGGAAGCAGAGAUGACUCCGGUGGCCAAGUAUUGAAACACAAUGUGACAGCUCAAGCGUUAAGGCUGAACACACAGUUAAACUUGGAUACGAGACAAAGUAAUGCAGUAACAGUAUAUACAGCACUGAGCUAUUCUUCUUGUAAACGACCCUAGAAGAACUUCAUUGUAUCAGAUCCUAUGGUUUCUGAUGAAAGACAGCUUCAGCUGAAACUAACGUACUUAGGUGAUAGGGUUUUUUUGCGCAACCAUGAUUCCUUUUUUUUAAAAAGUAGGACAGUAACUGCAACUUGAACUCUAUUGUCCAAAGAAAAGUGUGAUUUAGGUCCUCUGUGAGCCAGUUUAGAAUCUGGCGUCUGUUAGUGAAAGUCUCAUCCCCAAAUCCAUUUCUUUAUAGCUAUGAAAGUAUCUCUCAUCUGUCCAUGGCAGGAUUGGCAGCAUGUGGAAAGGAACUACUUUACAGGUGUCAUUUGAACCUGCUUUGGUCUAAUGGCUUUUAAAAGGUAGGACAUUCAGAGACUUCAAACCCAGCUUUUUUUUUUUUUUGUAACUCAUUGAGAAUGUAGUUCUACUACAUGUUAUACCUGUAAAUGGAAAGUCACGUUCCGUGGAAGACUGUGGUGAGAGCAUGUUUCUUUUUUUAAUUAGUUUGGAUUAUUUUUUUUGUAACAAUUGAGAUAAAUAAUCUAACACCUUAAGGAACAUGAAGCCCCAUCCAGCAGUUUGACAUUGUUGGGUUUACUUAUUUAUAUUCAACAUCAUUAAUACACCGGUGCAAUGCAUUUCACCCUGCCUCCUCCCCAUAGAUCUCAGAAUAAUGCAAUCAAAUUCCAUGCUCUGUUUGAUUUAGGGUUUGUUUUGUUUUUAAACAAAUUUCUCAGUGGAAGGUGGAGGUUUGUUGUGUAUACCUAGUUCUUAAACAGAAUACUGCACUUGUUUGUGUGAAGCCACAAGUAUCUAAUUUUAAGUAUCUUCCACUUCUAUGAAUUGAUAUUUAAAACUGUCUUAAUUCCUUCCCCAAAAUAAGAUGGUUCUGAAAUUUUACAUAUGAUUUUUUUGUACUGUAGUCAUGCAAGUCUGAGUGUUGUGUGAAGCUUACAACCUUUGAAACUUGAGCCCGUACAGCAUGAUAGCAAUUUGUAUGCUAUGACACUGCAUUUGAUGGGUCAUUAACUACAAAACCUGUGGGAAGCAGAAUAAAGCAAUUUUUUUUUGUAAA